AGCAGCAGCGUCUACAUGUGCAAUGACUGCAGCAGCGCCUCACAGUCACACAGCGGCCGGGUCUCAGGACCACAUUUCCCAGAAUGCCGUACGGGUAGAGGGCGGGAACUGGCCAUAGGAAACAGGGCGUGCUCAGCGCUGAUGCCGGGCGCUGCUGUGAGUGUGAGCCCUGAGCAGGCGGAGAGCCCGGCCGCUGCUGCUGCUUGUGCAGGCCUGUGGGAGGCAGGACGGGGAUCUCUCUCUCUCUAAUGCUGAUGGGAGUUUCCAGGAAGUACAGUGGCCAUAUUGGAUCCCAUUGAGAGAGCUGGGAUUGCACCUAUACGGAGGGAGACGCGGCCGGGGACUGACGCGCACAGCAGCACACCAGUAUGGCUGCCACUGAUGCCGAGCGGAGUGAAGACAAACGCAGCCUCGCACUGGGCGGACAUGUAGGUUUUGACAGCCUUCCGGAUCAGCUCGUUAGUAAAUCUGUCACCCAAGGCUUCUGCUUCAAUAUCCUAUGCGUUGGUGAGACUGGUAUUGGAAAGUCAACAUUAAUGAACACCCUGUUCAACACAACAUUUGAGACAGAAGAAACCAGCCACUAUGAGAAUGGAGUUCGCCUAAGACCUCGAACAUAUGAACUUCAAGAGAGCAAUGUACACCUGAAGCUGACCAUUGUGGACACUGUGGGAUUUGGAGACCAAAUCAACAAAGAUGACAGUUACAGGUCAGUCGUUGACUAUAUUGAUACUCAGUUUGAGAAUUACCUACAAGAAGAGCUGAAAAUUCGACGUUCCCUGUUCAACUUCCAUGACUCCAGGAUACACGUCUGUCUGUACUUCAUCACACCGACUGGUCACUCCCUGAAAUCCCUGGACCUGGUUACUAUGAAGAAGCUGGAUAGUAAGGUGAAUAUCAUUCCAAUCAUUGCUAAAGCUGACACCAUUUCCAAAAGUGAGCUCCACAAGUUCAAAAUCAAGAUCAUGAGUGAACUGGUGAGCAAUGGUGUCCAGAUCUACCAGUUCCCGACCGAUGAUGAUGCUGUGGCCGAGAUCAACUCUGUUAUGAAUGCUCAUCUCCCAUUUGCUGUAGUUGGAAGCACAGAGGAGGUAAAAGUUGGAAAUAAACUGGUGAGAGCUAGACAGUACCCAUGGGGAGUUGUCCAAGUUGAAAAUGAGAGCCACUGUGACUUUGUAAAACUGAGGGAAAUGCUGAUCCGGGUUAACAUGGAAGAUCUGAGGGAGCAGACGCACACACGUCAUUAUGAGCUAUACAGACGCUGCAAGCUUGAAGAGAUGGGUUUUAAAGAUACAGAUCCCGACAAUCAGCCAUUCAGUCUUCAGGAGACCUAUGAAGCAAAAAGGAAAGAGUUCCUGGAGGACCUGCACCAGAAAGAGGAGGAAAUGCGGCAGAUGUUCGUAAAUAGGGUUAAAGAGACGGAGGCCGAGCUGAAGGAGAAGGAGCGUGAGCUGCAAGAUAAGUUUGCACAUCUGAAGAGGAUUCACCAAGAUGAGAACAGAAAACUGGAUGAUAGGAGGAAAGAGUUAGAAGAAGAGAUGAACGCCUUCAACAGACGGAAGAUGGCGGUGGAAUCCUUCCAGUCACAGUCAUACCAAGCAACUUCCCAACAACCCUUAAAGAAGGAUAAGGACAGGAAGAAUUAAGAUGCACAGACUUACAUGUCAAGAGGGGACUUACAGGUUCAUGUCAUUUAAUUGCAUGAAUUCUCAUCAUGCCAUCCUUCUCUCCUAACAUUAUGUGAGUGGACCAAAGCAUACAGAAAACCUGGAUACUACAAAGUUUACAACCUAACCAGUUAUAUUAAUAUGUGCAGGUAUAAUACGAGUCUCAUUCAUUCUAGACGCUUGAAGCUUUUUAAUCUAUGCAAUACCAAAUGUUUAUUUAAUUUUCUGACAAAGAUUGCAUUUAAUAUGUUCAUAUAACGUGUUAGACAGCCAUGUUAUGUUGCUAUAUUAGUUACUGACUGACGGGAAUAAUAUUGACAAUGAACUUGCUGUUUUAUUGCUGUUUUGAAUAUGAAGUCUGGAAUGAAGAGAACACUUGAGCACUGAUAUACAAGUUCCAGUAUUAUUGAAUUUCCCAGGAGUAGAAAUAAUGGCUGUUUCAAGUCUUCCUAUUUCUAACUAUGUUUUUAUACAUCAACUUCUUUAGCAAAAAACACUUUUUAGCCUUAAUUAUUGACCUCCUUAUUUGUAACUGAGUGAACUGCAAUCGUAAAUUAAGUUUGGGGGGAAAAUGGAACAGACCAUUUCUGGUGAAAUGUCCCACAGAGAGAUGCAUAUAUUAAAUUAGUAAAUCUUGUCUUUCACUGAUGUUAAAAAUGUAAUUGCUUGCCAUAAACAGCCAGUGAUCUGCAUUAGACUUUUAAGUUACUGGCUAGACAGUAAAGGAGUUAAAGCUUAGCUCCUAUAUUGGGUGAAAGGUCAUCAUACCCAGGGGGUCCAUCACUAGAGCCAUGGGAGAUGCAGUCUGUUUCCUGGGGUCACCAUGAUUCGUCUCUAAGCUCUGGCUAAAAAUAGGGCUGCGUGAUGCUGCUGAGAGGGAGUGAGCGGAAGGACCAAUCAGAAGCCGCAAUCAGAGACUGCACCUUUUGGAUUGCCCCUUCCACGAACUCCUUCCUUCUGCCACAGCCAUUUUAAAGUGGAAAACUGAAAUCUUCAGCUGUAGUAUAACUUUCCAAUGGCUUAAUGUAACCAAAUAAUGUUUUUGUGUAUUGUAAAGAAUUCCAGUACACAUGACAAUCUGCAAAAAAAAGACAAAACCGUUUUUACUUAAUGUCUAAAUUUAACGUGUAGAGAACAGUUUAGAUGUGUGUGUGUGCGCGUGUGUGUGUGUGUGUAUGUAUGUGUGUGUGUGUGUGUGUGUGUGUGUGUGUGUAUAUAUAUAUAUAUAUAUAUAUAUAUAUAUACACAUACACACACACAUACUUUGUUCUUGGUCUGUAAUACUUCACUUUAAUAUUUAAGCUCCUUUUGAAUAAAAAUAAUCAUGUAGUACAAAAUAUACUUUUACAUUUUAUAUAUAUAUAUUUCUGGUCAACAAAUAUAUUUGUUUAUAAUCUACAUAUUACAAAGAGUUUUUACCAAUUACCAGUCCCUUUACAUACCUAGUUAGCUCCUUCAUGUCGUAUGAUUUAUAACAUUUUAAUGAAGCAAUUUUGUAUAAUACCACUUUUUGAACCCAGUUUACACUCCUAUGUAAUUUUAGUUUGUUUGUAAACGUAUUUGCAUAUAGUUCUCUGGAUGACAAUGUUAUUUACUGCUAUUAUAUAGAAUGUUGUGUAAAUAUGUACAAGGAAAACAGCCACACUUUGUUUUCCUUAUUUUGUUUAAUUUCCCUCUCAAAAGGGCAUUUCAAGGGGAAGCGUUCACCUUAAACAUGGUGAAGGGAAUUAUUAUAUGGGAUAUGAGUUCACAUUAGUUGAUGGUUUUAUUUUUAAGAGCUUGUGAUAAGCUAACCUUAUGUUUUGGAAGAUUAGGACACUUGAUAUAUGAAGUGUCCCGUUUGUAGACUCAUACGGCUGGUCUAAAUCAUGUGACACCUGUAACACAACGUAUUCAAUUCUCAGGCAGGCCAUCGGCCACCUUAAUGUCAGUUGUAUGACAUAUCUAGUCCUUGGGCAUCCAGACGAACCUAUGAUAUCUUUAUGCCUUUCCUUAGCAAAUGAAUCCUGAAUCUGAAGUUUUUUAUUAAAUGUAAAUAUUAAUUGGUGAUUAUUUUAUUUUACCUAAUUAUUUACAAAUAGGAUUUCAAAUGGAGACUUUGGGGAAUAGGUAAUAGCUUUCGGGAUUCAGGCAGCUGUGUGAAUUUGCCGAUUUAAAAUUAUGAUCACUUAAAAUCUAGUGGCUAAAAGGCAAAGCCAGUCAAGUUUUCGGCCUUUUAAAAUAUUGCCAGUUUAAAACUUGCAGGCUUAUAUUUACCACUUUAUGUAUGGGAAGAGCUCUUUAAUCGUGUACACCACAACUAGUAUCACUGCCUGAGCUAGACAGCAACUUUACCGGACAGAAGUGCAGACCCACUAUUGGGAGUCGCUGUAAUGCUGGUGUGUAGUGAUCCUCUACAGACAUUAGGGGGGUAUUCAAUGAAAGGAUCCAACGUGUGUAUUCAAUUCUCGGCCAAACCUGACAGGUUUGGCCUGUUCCAGACAAUGGCAAUCCAACUUUUUUUAAAGUCGUAUUGACUUUGUCUGAAACGGAGCUAAAACCUGUCUGGUUUGGCCGCGCUUCCGACAAUACACGUGGAUCAAUGGCUUGAUCCGCGUGCAUUCCGACAGGCUUUAAACAAGUCGGAUUUCCCGACUUGUCGAAAAUAAGGGCCAGCAUUGAAUAGGUCGGAACCCCUUCUGACCUAAACCUGUCGGAAACUGCCGUCUUUCCGACAAGACAGCAGUUUCCAACAAAAAUGGAAUACCCCCUACUGUCAGAUCAGUGCGCUAGCAUGAAGAAAUCUAGAGCUGUCUGAGCAAAAUACAGGCCAGGUCUAUAAUGGUCCAGUAUGCUUUAUCAGACAUGUCUACCAUACUUGGCAUCCACAGGGGAUUUUAUAUGUAUAUUAUUUAUGAAUUAAAAAUAUAUUUACAAUGUCUCAAGCGGACCAGUUUUCACAGUCAGAUGCCAAAUUUCACUAAAUCACAAAGUACAUAAUGUAACUUUUUUUUUAAAUUAUUAUUAUUACUAUUAGAAGGCUGGGGAAUGAAUACAGUAAUAAUUGCACCCAUACAUCAAAUGUAGUUUUGGGGGACACAUUACAUAGGACAGUAAUUUUUAGAGCCAUUGCAGGACCAGCUGGAUCAGAAUAGGAGAUUCUAUAUUGGGGGGAGGGGGCUGGUUGUGAGGGGAGGGGGUGCUAUUACUUGACAACAUGGGAAACUUGUAAAAUAAAUCAUCAUGUGAGCCAACAAUUUGAGGGGUUUGAGGAGUGCAGGUAGCAGACAUAUCUUAUUUGCUUUCACCCAAACCUACACUGCAACCAUAAGAUGUUUCAUGUAUGGUUAUUCUAAUAUUAUCCAUAUUUUCGUCCAGGACACCUGCACAAAGAUUUUUAAUUUGUAUCCAUGUCCAAAGUGAGGUACAGCACAAUCUGACAUCACAGGUCUGAAAUGCAUUACUAUAGGUAAUAAUUACAAGAAAUCAAAUUGUAUGGAAUUAAUAAGAGGCAAUCCUCCUGUAUCACUGUUGUAGACCAACUCCUGCCCUGCUUCUAUUAACUGUUGUCCUCUUUGUAAUCUACAAAUCUGUAAACCAUCAAAUAAAACGUUUGUACUUGCAGGAUUCAGUAUGGAUCUCUAAGAAGCGGUUUAAUAUUGGAGACGAGUUAGUGUUCAGCUGACAUGUACAGGACUGCAUGUAAAUGUUUUAUGCUAGCUUCAUAAGGAAUAUCUCCUCUAAACCUGAUCUUCAGCAGUGCCUAGAUUUCAUGUAGUCGCCUCAAGCAUGUCUGUCCGCUACCCAUGUCUCACUCGCCAAACAUGGAAUGGUCAUUAAUAAGGGGCUCUCAUUACAUUAACAUUUUAGAGCAACUGAAGCAACAUAAAAGUUGAAUAUGAAUUGUAGAAGGAAUCCUGUUGGUUGUUUAGUGGGUAUGCGGUUAAAAUACCACCUGUCUGGAUCCCGACUGUCUCAAUACCGACGCCAGGAUCCCGACGGGUACUAUACUGCCACUGGAAUACCGGCGAAGUAGGAGAUUCCCCCUCUGUGGAAUCAGAGUGAGAACAGAACCUGUGGCAAGCCUCAUUUACCACAGAGCCCGCAUCGCGGUGAGUGCAGUGAGCCCACAAGGGGCUUGGUUGUGCUGGCCCCCUGCCGGCAUUUUGGCUCACAUGAUGCCCAUGUCUGUAUACUGACAUUCGGCAUCCCAUACCGAUCCCACUAAGUGUUCGUAGCUGUUCAUCUAGCUAUACAAUUUGGUAGACUAGUGCCCCAAUUUGGCAUUCUUCAGAACCCCCCCCCCCCCCCCCUGCUCCCCAAGACAAAAAUAAAGGUGACAUUUACAGCAUAUUUAAUAUCCACAAGUGCAGUAGUAAAGGCGAAUGAGCUAUAUGUAUGUAUGUAUAUAUAUAUAUAUAUAUAUAUAUAUAUAUAUCAUAUACAUAUAUAUAUAUAUAUAUACGGUAGCAUAGGUCCGGCACUCCUCGAUGAAGCUAUAAUAAUAUACCGGUGCCUUCACAUGUACUGCAGUACAUACAUAUAGUUACCCCGGUGCGGCACU